CUACUUUUCUGUUAGCUAAUGGACUAAGUUUACUUCAGGGCUGUCUUUCAGAAGGGCUUUUACUCCUGUUGUUUUCUUUUCAAAUAUAUGUUUGUUGUUUUUAUGGUUUGUUUUGGCUAAUAAUGUGUAUAUAACCAACUUUUGUGAACUGGACUCUUAAUUCGAAGCUCUCUAGUUCAUUUCCCCCCUGCUUGUUUCUCUGUUUGUGUCUCUGACAAGGGUCCCACCCCACAAGUGAUUUUACGGUACAUUCAGGUGAAAACCUCUGUUAUGGAGGGGCAGAUUUGUAGGCUCACACGGAGGCAAACGGUCAAGCCAACGUCAGCCUGCUGGCUGAAGAUGCAGUGAUAGAGAGCAAAGCAACAGGCUUACCUGCGCAACAGGUGUAGGCUACUCGUCAGCUGGUCAGGAGGGGGGGGCUGUCUCCACCAGGUACGUUUUACAGGUACAACCAGGCAUCGUACCGGUUCAACAAACACCCUGAACUCUUUCCUCUCGGGACAGUUGAGAUGCACCGUUAACGUUUCGGCGAGACUUCCUUUCGGACUCUGAGAUGAACUUAAAGUGGACAGUGAAACGAUUUCUUCUUAUGUCGUUUUCAGUCUCCCACUUGCUGUUACUUGAGGGAGUUCAGAGUCGACUUUCAGUGGCAGAAGGAAGACCACAGAGAAGAGCUAAUGCACUCCGGAGGAAACGGGAUCUCCUCGGGGAGGAGACGUACAGACCAUUGCUGUCAGAGGGUACUCUGUCACGCAGUAUUUUGCACAACUACACAGCCAGAGAUUCCUCUUCAGAAUACUGCGGCUGCCUCAAUGGCGGCUGGUGUCAGGAAGGUGGGGUGUGUGACUGUGCCCAGUUCCAGGCAUUGGGAGACCGCUGCCAGAUCAUACCUAACCAGGGCCAGGAUAGAGAUGGGAUCUGCAGGUCAUGGGGUCAGCACCACUAUGAAACAUUUGAUGGAAUAUAUUUCUACUUCCCUGGAACCUGCUCUUACAUUUUGGCCCAGGAUUGUCACUCAACUACACCGCAGUACACAGUGUGGGUUCACAACAGCAGAGUGUGUGAGGGGAGUGUGUAUUUAUGUCCGAGAGCUCUCAGUCUGUUCUUCCCAAACGAGGAGGAGAUCCACAUCUCGGGAUAUCGGGUCCACCAGGGAGGUCGCAGGUUAAGUUUGCCACAGACUGUGGGCGGUGUCUUUAUUGAACGACUGGCUGAUUACCUGCUCGUGAAGAGCGUGUUUGGCUUCUCUUUGGCCUGGGAUGGAGGCUCGGGCGUCUACCUGAAGAUGAGCGAGGAGCACCAAGGCGCCCCUUGUGGCCUGUGUGGAAACUUCAACAAUGUUGCUGGUGAUGACCUCACCACUGCUCGCGGUAUUCGGACUGAUGAACCUGCACUGUUUGCUAAUAGCUGGGCAGUGGACCUUGCUCAUGAACGAGCCUGUCCCUCAGUGGAUCUUGACUUUAGUGGGCCCUGCCAGUCUGAGUCAGACAUGGAUGAUGCUAUAGAGAAAUGCAGUGCGCUUCUCUUUUUCCCCUUUUUGUCCUGUCAUGAAAACAUCGAUCCCAAUCCCUUUGUUGCCAGUUGUGUCUCUGACCUUUGUGUCUCUGAUGAUGAGGAAACUUUUUGUCGAGCCUUGGUGGAGUACACCCGAGCAUGCUCCCAUGUUGGAUAUCCCGUAAGAGAGUGGAGAGACAGCUUCCCUUCUUGCAAUGACGGCUGUGAGGAGAGUUUUGUGUAUAGAGACUGUAUCAGCUGCUGUCCACCUACCUGUACAUUUGAGAAAGAAUGCCUGGGAACCAAUCUGCAUUGUCUGGAUGGCUGCUACUGUCCUGAUGGUCUCAUCCUGCAGAAUGGAACAUGCAUUGCUGCCUCUCAGUGUCCAUGUGUUUAUCAUGGAACGUCAUAUGUACAAGGACAGGUGCUACAACAGGGAUGCAGUGUCUGUGUGUGCAUGGGUGGUGUGUGGAACUGCACUGAGAAUAACUGCACAGUUGAAUGUUCAGUGGUUGGGGACGUGUUUGUGACGACGUUUGACGGAAGGAUGUUUCUCCAGCCAGGGGCGUGUCAGUAUGUCCUGGCAAAGAGCCGCAGCAGCAGAUUCACCAUCACACUACAAUAUACUACUUGUGCAGAGCAGCAGGUGUGUAUUCAGUCAGUGACAGUAGAUGCAGUCGAGGUGCGGAAGCUGACCUCUGUGUUCACACAGCUGAAGACUGGGAUUGGUUUCAGGCUGCAUUAUGACGGUCGAGGCGGAAGGGUCUAUGUGCAGCUUGACAGCCAGUGGCGCGGACAGACGCUGGGACUCUGUGGAACCUACAAUGGAAAUCUACGAGAUGAUUUCCUGUCUCCAGCGGGUAUGAUAGAGGGCACUCCGCAGCUUCAUGCCAGUGCUUGGAAGGUGUCAUCUGCCUGUGUUGCUCCAGUUAAUCUACCUAUUACAGACCCAUGUGAGAUGAAUCAGCACAACGUAUUCUACGCAUCCCAGUGUGAGGUGCUUUUGGGCACUGUGUUUGCUCCGUGCCAUGGCUACAUCAGUCCAAACAUCUACCAGCAGCAGUGCCGCUAUCAGGCCUGCCGCUGUGGGAGCAGCUGUUUAUGCACUGCACUGGCUCAUUACGCUUACCUUUGCUCCAAACAUGGAGUCAACAUUAAUUUCAGAUCACAAGUCUCUGAGUGUGGAGUGGUGUGUCUUGGUGGAAUGAUGUACCACUCGUGUGUGUCGUCUUGUGGCCGGUCCUGUCGGGCAUUGUCCAGCAAUGAGACAUGUACCCCUGAUGAUUGUGCCGAGGGAUGCGGCUGUCCAGACGGCAGUUUUUAUGAUGAUGUGCGCCAGCGCUGUGUGCAGCUGUCGCAGUGUCACUGUUAUUCCAUGGGUGGGGUGUCACAACCAGGAGAGGUGACCUUCAGUGCCUCUGGGCCCUGCCUGUGCAGAAAUGGGAAGAUGGAGUGUGUGCCAGAGGAAAAAGAGCCAGAUAGUAUAGAAGUCGGGGAGUGUCCAGAGGGGAAAGUGUACCACAGCUGCACUGAGCAGAGGGGAGGAGUGGCCUGUGCACCAACCUGCCGCAACCUGAUGUUGAACCUGACGUGCCCACCCAGUACACCAUGCAUACCUGGCUGUGUCUGCCCUUCUGGGCUGGUGCUGCACCAGGGGGAAUGUUAUUAUCCAGAAAAUUGCCCUUGUUCCUGGCUUGGACUUGAGUACCUGCCUGGAGAAACUGUGGAAACACCAUGCUACAAAUGCGUGUGUCACCGUGGCUAUUUUAACUGCAGCUACUCUCCGUGUCCAGCUGUGUGUACUGUUUACAGCGACAGGCACUACCACACCUUUGAUGGCCUCGAGUACGACUACCACUCUGACUGUCAGGUCUACUUGCUCAAAAGUGCAGGAGAGACCGAGGUAUCCAUUGUUGCCCAAAACAAAGACUGCUAUGAGAGCGGCAUUGUGUGCAUGAAAAUCCUGGUCAUUCACGUGGGACUUACCAAGAUCUACUUCACUGACAAUUCUGGCAACCUUAGCCCUUCCACUGUUGUUGGUCGAGGGUCAGAGUUUGAGCUCUGGAAAGCCGGCUACUACACUGUCAUCCACUUCUCAAAUCAGGACCUGACCAUCCUUUGGGACCGCAAGACGACUGUGCACAUCAGAGCUGGACCUCAGUGGAAGGGUCUUCUCAGUGGGUUAUGUGGAAAUUUUGACAGUGUGACAGCGAAUGAUAUGACCACCUCCAGCCACAUGGAAGUCAGUAAUGCACAGACAUUCGGCGAUAGCUGGGCCCUGGGACAGUGUGAAAGCGACUAUGUACUUGAGCGACCAUGUGAAGGGGACUUAGGGAGACAGCCGUACGCCAAAAGAGAGUGCGCUCUCCUCUACAGCGAUGUCUUUGCACCUUGUCACAAUGUUGUUGAUGUGGCCUGGUUCUACAGGAACUGCCUAACAGACACUUGCAAUUGUAACCGUGGGGGAGACUGUGAGUGUCUCUGCACGUCCAUCGCUGCAUACGCAUACAAAUGCUGUCAGCAGGGGGUCACAAUUCACUGGAGAUCACCUUCUGUCUGUCCCUAUGAUUGCGAGUACUACAAUCAAGAGCUAGGCGAUGGCCCAUUUUCCUUGGUGAGUGCAGUCUAUAAAGACACCAUGUUUGGAGUGAAUCGUACCAGCAGCUCUGUUUUUCCCCUGGUAAGAGAAAGACCAGGGCAGUUGCCUGCCCCAGGUCUACUGUUCAACUUCAUGAUCACAGCAGGAUUGCAGAAGGACAGAACAUCACGUGUUCCCAUGGUGUCGCUGGAGUCUGCAGAGAGACCCAACUACUUCCUUGUUGUGUCAGGGCGCAGCCGUCUGCAGUUGGAGCAGUGGAGUCGAGGGGUGGAGUUCAGUCGUAGAGCAACCUUUAUCCAGCACCAGGGGCUGAUUCUCCCAGGUCACACUUCAUUUGAGCUUGUGGCCCAGCCUGGAGUUUUUUUGACACUCACACGCACUGCUGCACGAGCCCAGAGAUACGACACCUCACAGGGCUUCAAAGCCAGCAGCAGCUUCACACUGGAGGAGAGCACUUUUGUAAUACCUUACCGUAUGAUGUGUGAGUGGCGCUACCAGUCCUGUGCAAGUCCUUGUGUCCCCACGUGCAGUGACCCAGAUGCUACACGCUGCCAGUUUCUUCCUCCUGUAGAAGGUUGCUUUCCACGAUGUCCAAAGAACAUGGUCCUUGAUGAAGUCACUAGAAGAUGUGUCUACACAGAGGACUGUGUGUCUCUUCCCCCAACUCCAACCCCGUUUGCAUAUGUGACGCGGUCUAACAGGACUACUACAGCACCACUGCCAAUACCUACGACUACAACAACAACUUCUACUACCACCACCACCACUACCACCACAAGGCCGACAACAACCACUACAACCACCACCACUACUAGAGGCACCACUACCCCCUCCACUACUAUCAGGUCCACAACAACCACUGCCACUUCUACCACCACCACUCCUGCUACUACUCCCAGCACAACAUUAGCCACUGAGCGUGUCACCACUCUGCUCACCCCAACUUCAUCCACGUCUCCAUCUGCUACUCCCACCACUAUUGUUUCAACUACUCUCAGUCCCACAACCCCGACAGAACUCACCACUCUCAGGACAACUGAAACAACCCCCACUCAAACGCAAACUACUACGGUGACUACAACAGUUACCUCUGCAACGCCUUCCACUGUACCCACUGGAGCCACUACAGCCCCCUCCACUACUUCUCGUCCCUCCCAUACCUCACCCUCAAUUCCUACCUCCACCACCAUUACCGCACCAUCCACAUCCCCGCCUCUUCCAACAUCCCCCACCUUACCACCCACUACAGUUGUUACAACUACCUCCACCUCAGCUACUUUUGAACCUGAAACCACUACCAAAUCCACAACCACUCCUCAACCUCCUCCAGCAGAUACGACUGUCGCCACAGAGGCCACCACUCCAACAGACACUCCAACAACUACAGCACCCCCUCCUACAACCAUCGAGCCCACCACUGAGCCUGUAACUACAGAGAUAGUCACAAGUCCUGCAACCAUUCCUGUAACAGAGGAAACAUCAACCACUCACCCUUUCCUUUUGCCCACUAUUCCCUGUACACCCCCAUACUCCUAUCGCAUUGAUGAGUGUGUUGAGCUGAUCUGUUUUAAUGGAGAGCUGCUGCUUCACAACUCUUCUCUUCACUGUCGCUACAACACCACCCAACCUCAGUGCAGUCUGCUGGGCAUGCCUAUCCUGGUUAACACAGACCCCUGCUGUCCGCAGUGGCAGUGCCCGUGUCGCUGCACUGUAAUGUCAGACCUGCGUGUGAUCACAUUUGAUGGUAAUAAUGUAGCCUUGUACGACAAUGGCUCCUACAUCUUGGUUAACCUGCCCAGAGAGACUAUUAUUGGCACUGUGGAGAAAUGUCCAACUAGUCAGAGUGUGAAUUCCAUCAGGCGAACUAGCCCUACAGGUGGAACAUCUGGACUUUGUUUUAAGAAGCUGAACAUUACUACCUCUUUCUACAGAAUUAUAAUCAACCGACUCGAUCGGAAGGUUACAGUAAAUUACAGACCUGCUAGACUUCCGUUCUCACGUCAGUCCCUUUAUGUGGAAGAUACAGGAAGCAUGUACCUUAUCCACACACCUGGCGGGAUCAGUAUACAGUGGUAUCAUAGCACGGGCAUUAUGGUGCUACAGUAUAUUGCUCCUAAUAAUACAUCUGUGCCCACUCGAGGCCUGUGUGGUUGCUGCGAUGGGAACCCAGAAGAUGACCUGAAACUGCCCAAUGGCACAGUGGUGAGAGAGUUGGGAGACAUGAUGAUCUUCCUACAGGCAUGGAGAGUCCACACCACCGAUGAGACCGAACACACACGCAGGGUCGGAGACAACUGCACCACUGGCGACUGCUCCACCUGUCUCUCUAUGCUUUACCAAAACGCUUUCACACCAUGCCACGGCAAGGUGCCUCCGGAGCAGUUCUGUGACAUCAUUUGGGCAGGUGACCUUCAUUACAAGGACCACCAGUGUGACUUCUUGGCAGCCUACGUGGCGGUCUGCUACACACAUCAAGUCUGCAUCAACUGGAGACGACACAACUUCUGCCCACUCCGGUGUCCCCCUGGUAAGGAGUAUCAGCCAUGUGUGAGCACUUGCACCAGCCGCACUUGUCUAAACAGAGAUUACUACGAGGAGACUACCUGUUCCUUCAUCAGAGAAGAGUGUGUGUGCCGCAGUGGAACUAUCCUGCACCGUGCUGAUUCACCUUACUGUGUAACCGAGGACCGUUGUGUGUGCACAGAUAAUGAGGGUAACCCCCGGGCCCCAGGCGAGGUGUGGAAUGGCUCUGCUCGGAGCUGCUGUCUCUACAAGUGUAUGGAAAAUGGCUCUGUGGUGGCUGUGGAACCAGACUGCAGCGCCGUGCCUACUCCACUGUGUGAGAGAGAGGGAGAGUAUGUGCUGGAUGUGCUGGAAGAAGGAGCCUGCUGCCCAAAGAAGAUCUGUGACUGCAACAUGACCAUCUGUGAUAGUGAAGCUCCACCUUGUGAUAAUGGGAACAGGCUAGUGAUCGGUUACAGCGCUCUUUCCUGCUGUCCAGAGUACCGCUGUGAGUGUGACCCCAUGGCGUGCCCUCCUGUGUCUACCCCAGAGUGCAGGGAAGAUCAGUUUCUAGUCGAGGUCAGGGGGCAAAAGUCCUGCUGCUACUCUUACCUGUGUGUGUGUGAGUCAUGUAUCGAGCCCAUUCCAACUUGCUCGAACGGAGAAAUUCUGGCUGUGGAUCUGAACACCACCAGCAGCUGCUGUCCACAGUACCACUGUGUCUGUGAUGUCAAUCUGUGCCCUGAAUCAUCUGUGAGCUGUGCACCUGGUCUCUCUCUUGUCCAAACUGCCAUUCCCGGGCAUUGCUGCCCCCAGCAUCACUGUGAAUGCCAAUGUGAGGACAGUUCUUUCCCCAUCUGUCAGGUGGGGGAGGUGCUGAUGGAGGUUCCAGACAGCAACACCAACUGUGGCUGUCCUCAGCGUACAUGCCAGAAGGCAGAGGUGUGUCUUUUCCAAGGGGUGACAGUGCUGGGCCCAGGCCAGUCUCUGGUUCAGUACUUUGAGGGAGAACUGUGCUACACUGUCCAGUGCCUGCAUCAUAAAGAUCCAGACUCGGGUUAUUAUGCCAUGGAAAUCACCUCUGUCAACUGCUCCCAAAAAUGUGGACCACAUCAGGUGUAUGUACCAUCUACAGACCCUCAGGUGUGCUGUGGUUCCUGUAAAAAUAUCUCCUGUACUUUCACUAAUGAAAACGGGACAACGGAGCUUUUCACUGCAGGGAGUUCCUGGGUGGAGAACUGCACACGUUACGACUGCAUGGAAACUGCAGUGGGAGCGGUGAUACUUGCCUCUGGGGUGGUUUGCCCACCUUUCAAUGAUACAGAAUGUAUUCAGAAUGGCGGUGUUGUUCAGAGCUAUGUGGAUGGCUGUUGCAGGACAUGUAAAGAGGACGGCAAGACAUGUAAGCGGGUGGCCAUCCGGACUACCAUUAGAAAAGAUGAUUGCAGGAGCAAUGCACCGGUUACAGUAUAUUCCUGCGACGGGAAAUGUCCAUCAGCCACCAUAUUCAACUUUAACAUCAACAGUCACGCCAGAUUCUGUAAAUGCUGCCGUGAGAGUGGACUGCAGACCCGCUCCGUCGCACUCUACUGCUCUCGCAAUGCCACAGUCGUGGAGUACAACUUCCAAGAGCCUCUGGACUGUUCGUGCCAGUGGAACUAAAAACAGCUGAAUGAGAGCAAGACAAGUGAAGAGAAUGUCUAAAUAACAGGGUGGGGUAGGGGGAUAUCUGAAUAUUGUUUUACUAAUGGACAAACAUGAAAACCAGCCAUGUCUUUUUUUUUGUUGUCGUUGUCUUAAUACACUUUACAACACUGACUUUGAGUCAUAGUUGUAACUAAAAGAUAUGAGAAUAACCGAUUUAAGAGGCGGAUUGUUUUCCAGAUAGUUUUCUCGCACUUUAGCCUUAUUUUCUGUAAGUCCUGCAGUGCCAACCCAUUCAGCUUCUAGUGCUUUCAGCUGAUGGUACCCUAAGCUUUUGAUCCUACAGUAUAUGAACACAUUGUUGCGUUUUUAAAUAGCAGUUGUGUUUAAACACUGUAUAUGAAUUUUGGUUUGUCUUAUAAGAUUCAUUUAGCCUUUAUGCUUUGUUGUCUUAGAAAAGUUGAAUUUCUUUCUCAAAUGUUAUUUUGUCUUCCUUUUAGUUUUUACAGUAGUUUAAUAAAAGAUUUAACAGUG